GUCCAUUGCAAGUGAGAGGGGAGGACGGGCGCGAGUUAGCGACACAUCCCACGGGUUUUAUGUUGCUGCUUUUGAGCCGUCAAGUGUCUCUGUCACUCGUUCGACAAGUCACACCCCGAAGUCUGAUAUCGCUGUCAAAGCCUGGUUUUUUGACUCUACGCGCAACUACACUCAGCAUUAGACACUGUACGUUUUCUGUUAACGCUACCAGCCAGCAUUUAGUCACCAUGCCUGAGAGGAGGCCCUUCGUACGGUUGCCCACUGACGUCUACCCCGUAAACUACGGGCUGUGUUUGAAGCCCGACCUCAUCGACUUCACCUUCGAGGGCAAACUGGAGGCAGCCGUAGAGGUUAGACAAGGGACAAACCAGAUAGUGAUGAACUGUGCUGAUAUAGAUAUUAUCACUGCAUCUUUUGCACCAGAAGGGGGGGAAGAAAUUAAUGCUACAGGAUUCAACUAUCAGAAUGAGGAUGAGAAGGUCACUUUGUCAUUCCCCAGUGCUCUUCAGAAAGGGUUGGGUACGUUGAAGAUUGACUUCGUUGGAGAGUUGAAUGACAAAAUGAAAGGAUUCUACAGAAGUAAAUAUGCAACUCCUUCAGGAGAAAUCCGCUACGCUGCUGUCACACAGUUUGAGGCCACGGAUGCUCGCCGAGCUUUCCCCUGCUGGGAUGAGCCAGCUAUCAAAGCCACCUUUGACAUCACCCUCAUUGUCCCCAAGGACCGAGUAGCCUUGUCAAAUAUGAAUGUCAUUGAUCGAAAGCCAUAUGCAGAAGAUGACAGUCUGGUGGAGGUGAAAUUCGCCACUACACCCAUCAUGUCCACGUAUCUGGUGGCAUUUGUAAUUGGUGAAUAUGAUUUUGUGGAGAGCCAGACGUCUGAUGGAGUGACGGUCCGCGUGUACACGCCUGUGGGGAAAGCAGAGCAAGGGAAGUUUGCGCUGGAGGUGGCUACAAAGACCUUACCUUUCUACAAAGACUAUUUCAGUGUUCCUUAUCCAUUGCCUAAAAUUGAUCUAAUAGCUAUUGCUGAUUUUGCUGCUGGUGCUAUGGAAAACUGGGGCCUUGUUACUUACAGGGAGACUGCUCUGCUGAUCGACCCAAAGAACUCGUGUGCGUCCUCACGUCAGUGGGUAGCCCUGGUAGUGGGGCAUGAGCUGGCACACCAGUGGUUUGGGAAUUUGGUUACUAUGGAGUGGUGGACCCAUUUGUGGCUUAAUGAGGGUUUUGCAUCAUGGAUCGAGUACCUCUGUGUGGACCACUGUUUCCCUGAGUACGACAUCUGGACGCAGUUUGUGUCUGCUGACUACACCAGGGCUCUGGAUCUCGAUGCUCUUGAUAACAGCCACCCCAUUGAGGUUAAUGUAGGACACCCCUCAGAGGUAGAUGAAAUUUUUGAUGCCAUAUCAUACAGCAAAGGCGCCUCCGUUAUACGCAUGCUGCACAACUACAUAGGAGACGAGGAUUUUAGGAAGGGAAUGAAUGCUUACCUUUUAAAGUUUCAGCACAAAAAUGCAUCAACAGAGGACCUAUGGGACUGUUUGGAGCAGGCUAGUGGGAAACCCAUCGCCGCAGUAAUGAGCUCUUGGACCAAACAGAUGGGAUUCCCCAUUAUUGUAGUGGACCAAGAGCAGCAAGGAGGUGAUCGAGUACUGAAGAUAUCUCAGAGGAAGUUCUGUGCUAGUGGACCACACAAUGGGGAGGAUUGCCCUAGCUGGAUGGUCCCCAUUAGCAUCUGUACCAGUGAAGACCCCAGCUGCUCCAAGAUAAGGGUUCUUUUGGACCAGCCUGAAAGCACUGUCACCAUCCCCAACCUUGGACCAGAUAAGUGGGUCAAGAUAAAUCCAGGCACAGUGGGCUUCUAUAGGAUCCAGUAUAGCUCUGCCAUGCUGGAGAGUUUGCUGCCAGGCAUCAGAGACCUCACCUUGCUCCCUGUGGACCGACUGGGCCUUCAGAACGACCUUUUCUCCCUGUCACGCGCUGGGAUGAUUAGCACAGUGGAGGUGCUGAAGUUGAUGGAGGCAUUUGUGAAUGAGCCUAACUACACUGUGUGGAGUGACCUGAGCUGUAACCUGGGUGUGCUGUCUUCUCUGCUCUCCUACACUGACUUCCAUGAGGAGAUCCAGGAGUUCAUCAGAGACCUCUUCACUCCCAUUGGCCUAAAGCUGGGCUGGGACAGCAAGUCUGGGGAAGGACACUUGGACGCUCUGCUGCGGGGACUGGUUUUGGGGAAGCUGGGCAAGGCGGGACACAAGGCCACGCUGGACGAGGCUCGGAGGAGAUUUAAACAGCAUGUGGAAGGCAAGCAGAUCCUCCCCGCAGACCUCAGGAGUCCAGUCUACCUAACAGUUCUGAAGCAUGGGGACAGCUCAACGCUGGACACAAUGUUGAAGCUCCACAAGCAAGCAGACAUGCAGGAAGAAAAGAAUCGCAUAGAGAGAGUUCUGGGAGCAAUCUCAGCUCCUGAGCUCAUCCAGAGAGUGCUAAACUUUGCUCUUUCGGAUGAGGUGCGUCCUCAAGACACUGUGUCAGUUAUCGGGGGUGUGGCCGGUAGCAGCAAGCAUGGCCGCAAAGCAGCCUGGAAAUUCGUCAAAGACAAUUGGGAGGAGCUUCAUAACCGUUACCAGGGUGGAUUCCUCAUAUCACGGCUCAUCAAGCUGACUGUUGAUGGAUUUGCAAUUGACAAAAUGGCUGCAGAAGUGAAGAGUUUCUUUGAGAGUCACCAUGCACCGGCAGCUGAGCGUACUGUCCAGCAGUGCUGCGAGAACAUUCUUCUAAAUGCAGCGUGGCUCAAACGGGAUGCCGACGACAUCCACCAGUACUUAGUGCAGCGCAGGGUGCCCCCUGUCUGACCCUUGACCUCUGACCCUGGCCUCUCCUGACCUGCUCACUCACUCACUCAGAUCUCCCAGCAAAUCAUCGCUGCCUCCGCCCCUCCGCCGACCAGAGAGCGAGAGUAUCCAGAAACCAAACGGGCUUUGUUUUUCUAUAUCCAGUGACAAUAAAAUGAAGAUUACAGCACUGCAGCUUCAUCUUGAGAAUUACCCAAGAGAAAUCAAAAUCGAGACGGAAGAACCUAAACUGUCAGAAGCGUGAUGAGGAAUGCCGUACCCUGUUCUGCCUGCUGGAGUUGAUGUACGUGCAAAAAUGUGAAUGGAAAUGGCCAAAAUGCCAGAUUUUGGAUUUUUCUUUUUUCUUUCUCUUUUCUUUUUAAAGAUGGUAACGCAUGCAAAUGCUUUCUACAGUUAGCACUCGAUCAGUACAGUACUCUGCCAGACAUUUCUGUAUGCACAUUUACACAGUAGUAUAACUGUGAACUGUUUUUGCUCUUACACUUUUCUCUUUAAUAAGAGGCAUGCUUGCAACAUUUGAUAUCGAUGAUUUAAAGUUUAUUUUUAUUUUUUUUAUUUUUAUUUUUUUUUUGCCAUGUAUGUUUUCUGUGCAAACAGUAAUCAACUUCUUCUGCCGUGUCAUCCGUGAUGAUGGCUAUAGCCAGUUUUACCUAGAAUCACCAUGAGAUGUGGCUUGGCAGAAUGGGGUUAAAGGUCAUGGUGGAGUGGUUGUAGAAUGGACAUUUAAUGGCAACGGCACUGAUCCCCCAACGCUGAAACGGUUAGACCAGACCUAACAGCGUAAGCAUGGUACUGUAUGUAUAUUGUAUAAUGCAAGUAUUCUUUGCUGAGACCUUCAGCUAAUUUGAAUUGCGUCAUGCAUUUCUCCUUCUGUAUGAAACCAUCCCCUCUUCCGCAGCACACUCCCAAUGGCCUGUCCCUCUCAAACAACAACACAACGGCAAGAUUUAAAGCAGAGAAAGUCAUUUACGAUACCCCUGCAUCUGCCACAUCAAAACUGAGUUGUAAAAAAAACAAAUGCAUUUUAUAAAGUGUAUAUUCAACAAUUAUUUUACUGUUGUGAAAGUCACAGCUGAAAUAGAAUGAACAUACGUGGGCCUUUGGAAUAUAUCAAGUCAAGGCCUUCCUGAAACUUUGAAGUGACAAGGAUGGUGAUUUACUCUGUAAUUGUGCUCUGAGGCCUUAAAUCGGUAAAACUGGUUCGCAAUAAUGAUUAUUCAGACCAGAUUGGUAAUUGUACUUAAACAAGCAGGUAAAUGUCAAUCAAAUGUUACAGAUACACAUAGGCUUGUUGAGCAAGUAUGUCUAUUAAAAAUAUAUCCAAUGUGGCUCGUAACUUUACGGGAGAUCAAGCUGUCCAACUCUUUCCCUGAAACAUUUGUUGUGCUUUUGUUUAAGGAUACACUUGGUGUUCAUUAAAGACGAAAAGAAAUGAAGAGAAAAGCCUA